GUUGUGUAUGUCGCGAACGGGCCUGUGUCAAAACCUCUCUCUUUUGAUCUCGAUUAUCAAAAGACAGAGGCAAGCCCGUUCCCAGUGAACGGCUUUGUGACGCACAUCGAAUUAUUUAUUCCUCUGCCCACUUCUCCUGCCACCCCGCGGUCGCAGCAGCAUGGACCCCGCGAUGACGCAGACGUACCCGGGCGGCGACUACUGGUCGGCCCAUUCGGUGCGCUCGGCCAUCUCGUCGCGGUCGCGCGCGUCGACCUGGGACGCUGUCUUCUCGCUCGAGAGCGUCCAGCAUAACCACCACCACCACCAUGCGCACGAUCACGAUAGCAUGCAUCGUACCACGGCCGCCGCCGCCGCCGACAAGGACGAGAAGCCCAGCGCACUCACGAUCUCGACGCCAAUCGACUGGUGUCGCGGCCAAGCCGCCGACGUUGUCUGGACUACGGUCGACCCGACGUUCGAAGCCAGCGUGCUGCGCCUCGAAGUGUGCAACCAGGCGUGGGACGUGCCCACGACUAUCGCCGAGCACGCGCCUGCAGACACCGGUCGCUUUGAGUGGAAACGCGUACAUUGGGGCAUGCCCAUCCAAGGCGGCUACUUCAUCAAGGCCUACGCUGUCUCGGAGCUCGGGAUGCUCGAGCUUGUCGGCGAGAGCGCGCUCUUCUCAAUUGUCCAGUGACCGGGCGUGUGUUAUUUAAGCGACUCGAUCCACCCGCGUCGGCCAUUGCCACACCACGUCGCUUGCGAUCGCGACGCCACCUCCAACUAAUAUAUUAUUUGCCCGUUUUCCAUCCUCCCACGCAGCCUUCGACCUCGUUCAUCUCAGCUCGGCGACGUCCACCGUCCCGCACAGGCGUCAGUGAGCCCACCCACGGACAGGCGGCAUGGCAUUUCAAGCGAUCGACCCGUCGCGGGCCCAUGAGUCCGCUGCCUGCCUGUUUCUCUUGCGGUCCUUUUCAUCGAAAUGCACAAAAUUGUCAAGACACUAUGGAACAUAACACUAGUACAAGAACACCGCCAACACGUCUCUACGUGUAAUAAUUCCACUGUCGUUCUGUGCUCGA